GUAACAUCGUGAGCACCCACUUCGAACCAAGCUCGGCAAGACUAGCAUUUCCAUGUUGGGACGAACCUGAAUUCAAGGCUAAAUUUACAAUCUCAGUGGUUCGACCCAAGGGUUUAAUAUCUUUGUCAAAUAUGCCCUUGAAGAAAACUGAAGACCUUCAGUUCUACCAACCAGGAACGGAAAGGGACGAUUUCAUGACUUCAGUGCCGAUGAGCACCUACUUGGUCGCCAUUGCCGUGUGUGACUAUGUGUAUUUACGAAGCACCACGGCAAAAGGCGUGAAAAUCAGCCUCUACGCGCCAGCAGAACAAGUUUCUAGAGGAGGUUUGGCUCUGAACACUGCCUUGCAAGUUCUGACUUACUACGAAGAAUUUUUCGGGGUUUCUUAUCCCCUGCCGAAACUAGGUAAUAACUUCAUGAACAGUUGGGUGGACAAGCAGGGCUAUCCACUCAUAGAACUCAGUAUGGAUGAUGGGGAAUUGAUUGCCAGACAGAGAAGGUACAGCAAUUCAAGAACACCCCCAUGUCCGGGUCCAGCGGAAGCACAUCUUUCAAAUUCUCCUUGCUCGGAUAUUUGGAACCUGAGGCUGACUUGCCUAGUUGGUGGCAGAGAUGGCGCUGUCACUCGCGAUGGAGCAUGGAUGAACAAAACUUCCACGUCGUUCACAUUGAGGAAGAACAUGAAGUACGUCAAGUGUAAUGUGCAGGGCAAAGGUUUCUACAGGGUUGCUUAUUCGGCCGACUUGUGGCGAAUGCUGCAGGCGUCGAUUGACGAUUCGCCGUCGAGUUUCGACACUUUGGACAAGGCGUCGUUGUUCAGCGACGCAUUCGCACUCACAUGUGCCCAUGAUGGGCACACAAUUUUGCAAAAAUAUCUGGACUUUACUGCAGAAAGGUUUGGCGCGUCCCCCAGUGGGAUCCAGAGGCCCAUGAAGCUGGCCCUGUGUCUGCUGCCGCGGGAGACGGACUACACGGUGUGGGCCACCGCACUGGAGGAGCUGGCCCGAAUCGACACCCUGCUGCGGUUUCAGCCAGAGCAGAAAAGGUUCCGCGACUUUUUGUGCCGCGUCAUGAAGACCGUGUACGAGACGCUUGGCUGGGUCCACGAGGGCAGCCACCUGGACAAAAUGCUUCGGGCUAAAAUCAUGGAGACGAGUGUGAUGAUCGAAAUGAGUGCAGCUGUGGAAACUGGGGUUGAUUUGUUCAAGUCCUGGAAAGUUUCCAUCGAAGACUACAUCAAACAUGCGAGACCCGGAGAAACGUCAAUGAAAAAGAGACUUCCACCGGAUCUGAGGCUUUCAGUCUACAUCGCUGGUGUUCGUUAUCUGGGGAAAGAUGCGUUUGAUUUAUGCCUCAAGGUUUACAAACGUUGCAAUAAUCCUGUCCAACGACAAGACCUUCUCAUCGCCAUGACCAAGACCAGGAACAUUGCUCAACUGGAA